UACUUGGAGAUAUACAACGAGAGGGUGAGAGAUCUUUUGAAGCCGUCCUCGAGCACGAGCGGAUUGAGAGUUCGCGAGCAUCCUCGACUUGGCCCUUACGUUCAAGGCCUGACCCAUCACGCGGUUUGCAGCCUGGGGUCGUUGAUGUCGUACGUGGAGGAGGGUACGAGGGCCCGGAAGACAGCAUCGACGUUGCAGAAUCGUAGCAGCAGCCGGAGCCACGCUCUGCUGACGAUCGCCGUUGCGGAGGAAUCGAACGGUGUCACCUGCCCGCCGAGGAGGAACGAGAUCUCGCCACGCGGUGGCAGUAAAUUACGACUGGUCGAUCUGGCGGGCAGCGAGAGCGCGGCCACUUGCAGCGGUGUUCAUCGACUGAAAGAGGGCGCGAAUAUAAACAAGAGUCUAGUGGCUCUAGGGAACGUAAUAUCAGCCCUUGCGGAGAGAGGCACGGCCGGAAGUGGUCCGGGCAGGAGGUUCAUCCCUUAUAGAGAUUCUUCGCUUACUUGGCUGUUGAAGGACGCACUUGGCGGAAAUGCCACUACCAUUAUGCUC